AUUUCCCUUCCAAGUUCCGAAAAGUAUUGAUAAUAACUAUUUACAGUAGUUUUGUUCGAAAAUACAUCCUAUACAUUUCAUUAACCAAUCCUCAUGAAGUAACCAACACAUAUAUAAACUUUAUGGCUCUGGUAAUAAUUGCAUUUCAUUUGCAAACUACAUGGAACUAGACACUUGAAUAAAAUAGCUACGUGACUCUUACUUUAGCGUAUAGAUUUAUUUUUCCAAAUCUCUGAAUAAUUCAAUUCUUAUUUUGAUUUUACCGAUGCGUUGGCUUCAAUCAAUUGUAACAAUCUGUUUGAUUGUUUUUGUAGACUCUCGGAAAUUGACUGCAGAGGAAAACGAGAAACGCUUAGAAGAUUGUGGGAAAAAUGUUAAAUCAAAAAUAUUCAAUGGAAGAAAAGCCGAAAUUGACGAGGCACCUUGGGCGGUACGAAUCAACACCUACACCAAUGUCAAGAACAUAGAUGAAACUUGGUCGAAGCAUUGUUCUGGAACACUUACAUCUCCACGUCAUAUUCUAACAGCAACUCAUUGUGCAGCAACAUAUACUGAAACUGAAUGGAAUGGAACAGUUAUAGAUGCGCCAAUUUAUAGAAAAUAUUGUGAGGAACAGAGCACGUUGAUUGUAAGAGAAGUGGCGGCUAGCAGAAUUGUAGUUCGUUUACGAAAUCGAACAGAGAUCGGAAGGGCAAAAUAUUUGUUCAUGUUCAAUUACUGUCGAAAAAUAGUGGAUAAGAAUGCGUAUGAAAUACAGUACCCGGAUGACAUAAUGAUUAUUGAAUUAUCUGAAGAUGUUGAAUACAGUUCCGAAUUGAAGCCAGUUUGUGUUGCUGGCAAUACAGAUGACAAUGCUCCAAAUAGUCAUUUGGAUCUUUUCGGAUUUGGAGAUGAUCCUCCUCGUGAUAAACCAUCGUCCUUAAAGAAUUUGCAUGAUAUUCCGCUCAAACAUCAUAAAGUGGAGAUAAUGGAUAUGAACAAGGAAGGAACAUCAAAACGAAUGGAUCCUCGACUUUUUAUAGCGAAAAGUGUGACUAGAACAUCUGUUGCAUGUCCAGGAGAUAGUGGUGCUGGUGGAGUUAAGGAAAUUGACAAAAGGACGACAGUUGUUGGAGUAUUUACUAAAACCACCUGCAAGUUUGUUUACCGAGAUAAGCGAGAUGAAGAAACAUAUGCAUCAUUUGGAUUUUAUGCAAACGAUGUAUGCGAGUAUACCGGUAUUUGUACGACAUCAGGAAGUUUCUCGUCCUUAAAAUAUCAAAUUACAGUCCUUUUUUUGUUCUAUUAUUUUAUUUGAAUAAAUAAAGAUUUUGAAAU